UGUUCUAAUAGAUAAAAAACAAUUUCUCACGAAUGCUUGUUCUCCGCAUACAAUAAUUUUUUAUUGAGUUGUGCAUUUUUUUUUUCUUGGAAGAAAAGAACACAGGCGCCCGGGGACAGCGAGGUAUCAACGACAUGCCGUUGCUGCAAGUAAAAGCCCGCCUAAACGCCGCCGUCCAAAAAUUAUUAGAAACGACCCCAAAGUUAUUGAAAUAUUACCAAAAGUCUCAUAUUUUUAAUAUCUCCUUUGGAAAUUACCAAAAAUCUCAGUGUCAACUACUGUCAAGGCUAUGCUUCAAACACGUUGACAAUUGAAGUGCUUCUCAUCAAGCCCCUCCCUCCCAUUCUCUGUUCCCACAACCCUAGCUCAAAAACCAUGGCCUUCUCUGCUACAUUCUUCAUCUCUUCCACACCGUCUCUCACUCUUUCUUGCAGAACUUACAGAUCAUCUCUCUUUCCAAAGCCCAUUUCGGUUAAAGCUUCUUCAACUUCUCUGGAUUACUCCACAGCCUCCGUGGCCGAUAAACCGACAAUCCCAUUAAAGUCAAAUAAUUGGGAAUGGAAAUUUAAGGACAACUCUAUAAACAUCUAUUAUGAAGAACAUGCAAAGGAGAGCUCUGAUCCUCCCAAAAAUAUCCUUAUGGUACCUACCAUUUCUGAUGUUAGCACAGUCGAAGAAUGGAGAUCAGUGGCCAGAGAUAUUGUUCAACGAGUUGGUAAAAUUAAUUGGCAGGCUACAAUUGUUGAUUGGCCUGGUUUGGGAUAUUCUGACAGGCCAAAAAUAGAUUACAAUGCCGAUAUCAUGGAGAAAUUUGUAGUUGACUUCAUAAAUGCACCAGAUAGUCCAUUGCGGUACUCAGAUGAAAAGGAUUUGGUGGUCUUUGGUGGAGGGCAUGCUGCCACAAUACUACUUCGUGCUGCAAAGAAGGGUUUGGUUAAUCCAACUGCCAUAGCAGCCGUUGCACCAACCUGGGCUGGUCCUCUUCCUAUUGUGUUUGGUCGAGACUCCAGCAUGGAAGCAAGGUAUGGAAUGCUUAGGGGCACCUUAAAAGCUCCUGGUGUGGGUUGGAUAGUGUAUAACAUGCUUGUCAGCAAUGAGAAGGCAAUUCAAUCUCAGUACAAGUCUCAUGUCUAUGCAAAUCCUGAGAAUGUGACUCCAGAUAUCGUUGAAAGUAGAUAUGCACUGACAAAACGGAAGGGCGCUCGAUAUGCACCUGCUGCUUUCUUGACAGGUCUCCUUGACCCAGUUAAAUCUCGAGAAGAGUUUCUUGAACUCUUUGCAGAUUUAGAUGGAAAGCUACCAGUUCUUGUUAUGUCAACUGAAGGAUGUCCGAAGAGGUCAAAAGCAGAGAUGGAAGCACUCAAAGGAGCCAAAGGGGUCAGUAAAUUUGUUGGGGUUCCAGGUGCUCUUCUGCCACAAGAAGAGUAUCCUACCAUGGUUGCUGAAGAGCUUUACCAGUUUUUGCAAGAAAAUUUUGAAUUCAGUGGUUGAUAUUAGUCAUGAAUACAAAUUCCAACUUUCCCCUAUCAAUUUCCAUUGAGAUAUGAUAAGAUUGCUAAUGUUACCCUGGGAAAAAAAGAGGGGGGGUGGGGCCGGGGGCGGGGGGGUGUUGAUAGACAAAUCUAUCUUUAUUACAUAUAGCUACACCACAAAAAUUUGAUUUCAGCUUUAAGCAUAUUUGGACUAUUUGUAGGCAUACAACUAUUUAUCUGAUGGCCGCCCUUGCUGUUUGUAGUCAAUGGAACCAAGUAGGCAAGUACCCUGUUAGGUAGUGGCCUAAUUUUGAUGAUUACUUCUGAGUUUAAUUACAUCAUGCGGUGAGAGCUUUAAA